GUUGAAGCACUAAGACUUUUUAAUGCCAAAAAUAAACUGCGUGCUGUCAUUAAAGCUAUUAUUGCUACCAAACGGCUGUUCCAGCUAACGGAGGGCAUCAAAAACGAAUACACUUCGCUGGCAUUCACUGAGUUUGACGUUCAGGCGAAAGAUGUGCAUAAUCUCUUUCAGUUGCUUAAAGAAAAGUUUCGAGCCAACCAGAGUUACUGGGUUGAAGCAGCGACUUUUAAAAAGUUUUUUUGCAAAACUAUCCAACUCCCAGACUACGGCUUUUGUGAUAAAUUGGUCGAAAGCUAUCAAAGCGGCGGCAAGGUGGACCCGCGGAAGAUCUUCUUGCUUCUUGCAGCGAAAUUGAAGUUACCGCGAGAACAGUUUUUAGGCUACGCUUUCGACCUUUUUGAUUACCAGGGGAAGGGCUUCCUGGAGCUUGACGACUUUGUAAGUAUGCUGAGAACCUUGACUCCCUCAAAAGACGCUACUUACUGGAAAUUGUGCGAGGAAUUUAAGGAUGCUGAUGAAAACAACGACGGCUAUAUCUCGAAAGAAGAGUUCUCCCUUGCUACUGAAAAAAACUACCACUUAAAAAAAUAUCUUACCCAAGUGGAAAGAGUGGUUUCUAACACUAAACAUUUUAUCGAUGAAAGAGUUGAAAAAAUUACGAAACAAAAGUUAGGAAGCAUCUUUAUAGCGGGGUCAGAUUCUUUUUCCUUUUUUGGCAAGAGAAAGUUUCGAGAAAAGAUCUGCUUUUUUCAAACCUCUGAAAAAUCUCUCUAUUUUUACAGCAAUAUGAGUUCUUUUAGGAAAAGAGAGAAGCCAAAGUUUUGUCUUGAUCUUGAGAAGUACAGCAUCACCUAUAAGGCCGCCUCUGAGCACUCUUCUGAAAGAGCAAAUUUUGAAAUCGGAAAGAAGUUUUUAGAAGCACGUUCCAACGCGGAGCUUUCGGCUUGGGCUAAGCUGUUCGACUCUGCAGGUCUGAAAAUUGAAAAGAAUUAAAUAAGUAUUUAAUGGUGUACCAGCUUACAAAAUCAAUUCAACUUUCACGGC